AUGAGGCUGCAAGAAGAUGAUUUACUGGGCAAAGAUGAGGAGAUUGACGAUGGCAGCGGCUAUGCAGCUGAAUGUAUUCGUGAGCCACAUUCUGAUAACGAGUACGCCGAUUAUAUUGUGAGUGAUCACGACACCAAUUCCGAAUGCUCCGAGACUGAAGAAAUCCUGUUCUUCUUUUCUUUCCUGUUCUUCUGUUCUUUUGAACUUUUGUACUAUCCUUAG